AUGAAGGGUUUGCAAUUGGUUUUUGUGGUGAUGAUUCUGAAUUUAGCAGAUGCUAAUCAGUUUCACGAGGGCCUUUCUGAAGAACAUCUGUCACAUUACUUUGGAACAAAAGCUGAACAUGAAGUGCCAGAUUAUGAGAUUACAGGUCCACCGGAAGUGACGUCACAAUCAACCUCAUCGCCCUGGCAUCAGUAUACGAUUAAAGCAUUCAACCACAGCUACCACAUAAUUCUACAGAGAAACGAGCACCUCAUAGCGCCAGGUUGUGUGGUCCUGGCGAAACAGGCAAAUGGUACUAGUGAAAUCUCGUCAUGUCAUCAAGGGGAACACCAUUGUUAUUAUCAUGGUCACGUGGAAAACGAGACCGACUCUUCAGUGGCUGUCAGCACAUGUCUGGGAAUGCACGGACUGAUAAGACUACCUGACCACGAUCUCGUCAUCCAGCCGGUCAGACAGGUACAUGUGAGUCGUGUCCGGCGGAGUGGACACGCCGGACUACCUCACCUGGUAUAUAGGAGGAGAGGACAGUCCUCGUCUGGCACGUGUGGAACACAAGAGACUCCAUUCGAACCAGUGAAUGCCAGGCGGGCAAAAAGAACAGCUGAAGGGCCGCACUACAUGGAGUUACGCAUAGUGUUAGCACCGGACGCCACAAAAUACCACGGAAGUGACGCCAAACGAUACGCUCUUACCUCCCUCAAUGUCGCAGCUCAGAGGUUCCUGGACCCGACGUUAGGACACGACAUCCGGACGGCAGUGGUACAAAUCCUACUACUCCAGAAUGAUCAACCCGGACUGUCAAUUAUAGCCGACUCAGAACAACUGCUAAACAGUUUCUGCUUCUGGCAUGAAAAACGUCAACCUUCAUCAGAAGACGACGCUCAAUUCGCUGAUGGUGCACUGCUGAUUACAAAGUUAGACCUUGAGUACAAGGGAGAUUCGUCCAACCUUGGACUCGGACACAUUGGAGGGUUUUGUAAGGUCAACUACAGGUGUUCCGUUAAUGAAGACAAUGGACUUGACCUUGGACUGACCAUUGCCCACGAAACAGGCCACAUGUUAAAUAUGGUACACGACGGUGAAAGCAAUGCUUGUAUUCCGGGGAUCAACAUUAUGUCUGCCAAGGGAGCCAGUGGUCACUCAAGCAUAAAGUGGUCAACGUGUAGCAAAGACUCCCUCACCAGUUUCCUGAAGUCUCCUGUAAGUAGCUGUCUAAGUGACCAGCCCCCCGCCUGGGCGUUUUCUUUGCUCAAUACUGCCCAGAAACCCGGACUUGUAUAUUCCGGUGAUGAACAGUGCCGAAUGGCUAUGGAAGAUCCUAAUAGCAAAUUGUGUGAGGGCACGUCUCUUACCACUGGGAAUGAGUGUAAGAUGUUGGUGUGUUACGGACCAAUCAUUCCAAAUCGCCAGCGAUCUUGUUACCGUGGUGGACCUAUAAGAUUAGACGGAACAGAAUGUGGACACAGAAAGUGGUGUAUAGGUGGUCAGUGUGUCGCAAUGGGGUCUGGUGCCCCUGCACCUGUCCAUGGCGGAUGGUCAUCCUGGAGUGCAGAAUGGACGCCAUGUUCCCGGACCUGUGGGGGUGGAGUUCGAGUAAAAAAUAGGAAAUGCACCAGCCCAGAGCCACGAUAUGGAGGCAGAAACUGCGCGGGAGAAAGCACCCAGGCCAAGCUCUGUAACAUGAAGAGUUGCCCUAUCAAUACAGACUUCCGGGCAGAGCAGUGUGCUGCAACUAACAGAUUCCCUGUCGACGGUAAAACCUACCAUUGGUUACCUUACAAUGAUAAUCGAUGUUCAAUGAGAUGUUAUGACCAGUAUGCCAAUAUAGUUGAUUACCGCGCUGACAAGUACGAGGACGGCACGGACUGUAAAGUAACUGGCCCUUUUUCCCGCUGUGUUGAAGGACAAUGUAAGAAAUUUGGCUGUGAUGGACAUUUGAACUCAGCCAGAGUUUUUGACAAGUGUGGAGUAUGUGGAGGGCAGAGUAACACGUGUACUACUCAUCACGGAACCUACAACCAAGGACAGGUUAAAGCAUAUGUGACUGUGGUGUCUAUUCCACGUGGAGCUACAGGAGUGGUUGUAACCAAUGACAACACAUAUUGUCACAUGAGUGUGAAGGUGCAGGGUGCCCUUCUCUUUAGUCGAGGAACGUCCAUUUCAUUAUCAGGAAAAUACUCGUCUCACGGUGUUAAUGUUGAAUAUCGUCGGUCUGGUCCAGAGAAAAUCACCAUCAGUGGCCCCACGCUUGUAGAACUGGAUAUACAGGUAUGGAGAGAUUACGGUAAUGAGUACCAAGGCGUGAAGCCCCAGAUCUCCUACACCUACUCCACACCAAUACGCACUCCCUACUCAGGAUACGUCUGGAGGGCCACUCAAGGCACCUGUAGUAGGACGUGUGGCACAGGACAUUCGUUGGUCACAGUUCAGUGCAUACGGGUAUCCAGUAACACACACGUAGAAGAUUUCCAUUGUGACAUCUACGCUCGGCCACAGGAGACUUUGAUAGACUGUAACACCAAGGAUUGUCCCCCUCAAUGGCAGUCGGAGGUUUGGUCGUCCUGUUCUAAGACAUGCGGGGGCGGGAGUCAGUCACGCGUUGUCCAUUGUGUGGUUAUACAGGGAGACUCUUACACAGUAACCAGGGACAACCACUGUAACCUCGCCCACAAACCUGCUACCACAAAACAGUGUAACAUGCAGCUCUGUCCCGGCAUCUGGAAGUCUGGAGCAUGGUCCACUUGUUCAAGAACAUGUGGGCGUGGCACUCAAACUCGUGCUGUUGACUGCUAUGCAUCCGAGCAGUCCAACUCGGUGGUAGACGUGAAACGGUGUCCUGGACAGGAAAAGCCUAUAAUUUCAAAGCACUGCAUGCCUAAACCUUGUAAUACCAACAUUGUUGGCAGUAGCUGUAGAAAUAAGAUGGACUGCACUCGGUAUGUAGACAACAUCUGUGAGGCGUCGGAAUACCGGUCCUGGGUCAGCAUCAAUUGUAUGGAGUUUUGUGGAAUUUGUGUAAAGGAUCCGUCAGUCUACCUGUGUAAAGAUAUACUGACUGACUGUGAAACGUAUGAGGAAGGAUUCUGUUACAAAUAUGAGGCCUGGGCGGAAUCGAACUGCCAGCGUACAUGUGGAUUCUGUGGAGGAGGUAUAACAGCAGUAAGCACCACUACCGAGCCUUGCGUUGACAAAAUUUACUGCGCUGUUUACCAGAAAGACACAUGCACCAACGAAGCCUACCGAAGGUGGGCGGAGGAACACUGUCGCAAAUUUUGUGGGUUCUGUGGGACGGUGACCUCCCUUCUUACUACAUCCAGUUCUAAUUGGCCAAUGCUCAACAAAACGACAUCUAUUAUUCCAUAGUUUAUCUUCUUAUUGAAAUACUGUAAGGGUUCAGAAUUAAACACAAAAAUUUAGAUACAAAAUUUUGACUUUUCAGUGACCCCCCUUCUUACUACACCCACCACCCGUCCCACCACUACGGAGGCGCUCGGACAAACGACCACUUCAUGUGUCAACCACUUAGACUGUGCUAUUUAUGCUUCCGAUAUCUGUACAAGUUCUAGGUAUAGGAAAUGGGCGAACGAGAACUGUAAAAAACACUGUGGUUGGUGUUCCACUGACAGUGUGACCCCCCUUCUUACUACACCCACCACCCGUCCCACCACUACGGAGGCGCUCGGACAAACGACCACUUCAUGUGUCAACCACUUAAACUGUGCUAUUUAUGCUUCCGAUAUCUGUACAAGUUCUAGGUAUAGGAAAUGGGCGAACGAGAACUGUAAAAAACACUGUGGUUGGUGUUCAACUGACAGUGUGAGUACGACAUCUACAAGUCCCAUGACCUCUGUGACCUCUAGCUGUAGGGAUCUGUUGGAUUGCAGUGCCUACCUUUCAGACGUAUGUACCAGUCCCGGGUACUCCCAUUGGGCUCACGCGCAUUGUCCCGAUCAUUGUGGUUGGUGCCACCACCCACAUUCUGCGCUGAUGACAACGCCGGUUACGACGACAGAAAGGACAGGUCAUGGGUCUGUAGUGUGUGUCGACGCAGUGAACUGCGUUGCGUAUCAAAGUAACAUAUGUACAGCUUCAGCCUAUCAGGGAUGGGCACAUAUCAACUGUCCUCGCCACUGCGGUUGGUGUGGUACUAGCGAUGGUGCAAAGUUGCAUGCUGAUACAACUACUGCUAAGCUGAACUCUGGAAAUUCUGAUUCCUGUUCCGACUCAGUAGAUUGUAGCUCCUACCAGGGAGAUAUCUGUACUAACACUGAUUACAAGUCCUGGGCAAAGAGCAACUGUCCGAAAUUCUGUAACCUUUGUGGAAGUGGCGAGUCUCAGACCAGCUCCUCAUCUGGCUCAACCUCUUCCGGUUCUGACUGUGUUGAUAAGCUGGAUGAUUGUGACUCCUACCAAGACGAUGCAUGUACAAACUCCGAUUACAAGGACUGGGCAAAACAAAAUUGCGCUAAGUACUGCGGAAUGUGUGCUGACUGCACUGACACGCUGAGCUGUGACGAGUACGCGGGAGAUAUCUGCACUAAUCCAACCUACAGCUCUUGGGCUGCCACCAACUGUGCUUCCUUCUGUGGGAUGUGUGGAGCCCGGCGUAAACGUUCUGCAUCCAGCUUGAUUGAAAUUCUGGAGGAAUUGGAGCCAAGUCUGAAAGAAUCCGUAAAAAAAGCAUCUGUUCCCCAGGUGGUACCCAACCAAGCUGUCCCCAGACGUCUCUCCACAGCACAUGAGCCAUUAGUUGACACUAAACUACCGGAACCUAGGAAACUACCUUCAGAACAAAUACCUAAUUAUGUGAUCAAUGACGGGAAACUCUACCAUGAAACUGGUCUUGUUCUAAAUCCCGUAAAGGAUGGAGCAGAUAUCAUUCCAACACCAGUGAAGAAGGUUCCCUCUGUGAAUGAUCUUCUGCUGCCCAAGGAAUUGUUUCCGGACUCCAAUGUUACGAAUACUCAAAUGUCUCCGGAGAAAGAGGUUCCAAGGAAAAUUUCCAAUAAAUCCGAUCUACCGACCAUUGAGGAGGGUCAGUUGGUUUUGGCAGUACCAGCUCCUAAGGUAAAUAUCGAUCAGGGACCUCCAUCGGUGAAGGAUAUCGAUGCCUGGUCAACAGACGUUGCAGCCAAUCAGGACGAGCCAAAGGUAGAAGGUCAACAGGAGGUUACAGAGACCAAUCAGGACGAGCCAAAGGUAGAAGGUCAACAGGAGGUUACAGAGGCCAAUCAGGACGAGCCAAAGGUAGAAGGUCAACAGGAGGUUACAGAGGCCAAUCAGGAGUUGGAACCCGAGGGCAUAGAUGACAAACAGUUGGUGCAGGAGCUAGAUGCACUUAAAAAGGCGAUGUGA